GCCUGAUCGGCGGCCAUCGUAAACUCCCCGGCGGUUCCUGUACUUUCGGGAGGUCUCUUAGCUGGACUGUGGUAGUCCCUGGCUGUCCUGCUGCGAGCAUUAGCCAUGAUGCCGCUGCUGUGUCGCUGGGUCGACAAUGGCGUCCCGUCUUCUGCAGCAGACCUCGGAAAAUCUGUCAGCAACCUCCCCAUUCAUACGUUGUUGAAUCAAACGCUGCUUCAGCUUAGAGACAUAGUCAUAUCCGAUUUCCCCCCGCCAAACGAAGUCCUAUCCAAGAAUUACCGAGGCGUAUUCGAGACAGACCGAGUCCCAUCGCAGGCAGACAGACACGUAUCCCAGCAGGACAGAAGCUCACCACUUGCAAGAUCGGAACCUAACAAGCCAUCGUCAUCCCCCCACCUGGCCAUCGACAACAAGGACUUUGACUAUGGCAACCAAUGGAGGGGCUACGCGGGCUAUUAGACUCUAGAUAAAUGUUUUCCACUUUAUUAUACUAAGCUAAGUUCUGAUGAAUAUAUGUAACUAUUGAAAAAUGA